AGGGGGAAAACAAGGGCCGCUAACGAUCUUCUCUUUCCUCCGCUCCUUCCGUCAACGCCGCCGACUUCGCAUCUCUCGAGCCAAUCCGGGACUUCCACGUGAUGAAGUCCGCCACCAAAUCCAUAAGCCCUCUCGUCACCUUCGACCAUAAUAAGAGGGAUGCUUAUGGGUUUGCUGUGAGACCUCAGCACGUUCAAAGAUACAGACAAUAUGCCAAUAUCUACAAGGAGGAAGAGGAGGAAAGAUCAGAUAGAUGGAAGAGUUUCUUGGAAUGCCAACCAGAGUUUGCUCAAGUUCAUGACACCGCCAUAUAUAAAACAUCACUUACUGAAGUCUCUGAGGAAGGGGUGGAGGAUGCAGUUCAGAAGGAUAAGAGGGGUGGUUCAAGUGAAAAGAAUUCUGGCUUUGAUUUUUCACUCGAGAAUGCUACUGAGAAAGAAGGGUUACAGUCUUCCUCAGAGAAAAGAAAGCAUCAGUCCCAAAUAUGGGCUGAUAUUAGACCCUCCCUUCAGGCCAUUGAAGAUAUGAUGAGUAUCCGUGUGAAGAAUAAAGGCAAUUUAUCAAAAAAUGAGCAAGAGGCUGGAAGAGGGAAGCCGUUACCUUCUACAUAUGAUGCUAGAUCUCUGAAGGGAGCGUCAGAAGUGGAUUCAGAGGAUGAAUUUUAUGAUGUGGAGAGAUCUGACCCAGUUCAAGAUGCCUCUUCUAGUGACAGUGUGAGUUCUACAACAGCAGGUGCUGCUGUAGCUGCAGAUGCAGCAUAUCAAGAAUCUUUGACACCAUGGAAAGAAGAGUUGGAAGUUCUUGUUCGUGGUGGAGUACCAAUGGCUCUUAGGGGAGAGCUCUGGCAAGCCUUCGUGGGUGUCAAAGCUCGUCAAAUGGAGAAAUAUUACCAGGAUCUACUUGCUUCAGAAAGCAAUUGUGGCAACAACAUUGAACAGCGUAGCUCACAAUCAGACAAUAAAGGUUCAAGUAAAGAAUCUGUAUGUGGCCCCGAGAAAUGGAAAGGGCAGAUAGAGAAGGAUUUGCCCCGUACAUUUCCAGGUCAUCCUGCUCUUGAUGAUGAUGGUAGAAAUGCUUUGAGACGGUUAUUGACAGCUUAUGCUCGACAUAAUCCCUCUGUUGGGUAUUGUCAGGCAAUGAAUUUCUUUGCUGCUUUAUUGCUACUUCUGAUGCCUGAAGAAAAUGCAUUCUGGACAUUGAUGGGUAUUCUUGAUGACUAUUUUGAUGGCUAUUACUCUGAGGAAAUGAUUGAGUCUCAGGUUGACCAACUUGUUUUUGAGGAGUUGGUACAUGAGAGAUUUCCUAAACUGGCGAAUCAUCUAGAUUACCUGGGAGUGCAGGUGGCAUGGGUUACUGGACCAUGGUUCCUUUCCAUUUUCAUAAACAUGCUUCCAUGGGAAAGUGUUCUUCGAGUCUGGGAUGUGCUCCUGUUUGAGGGAAAUCGUGUUAUGCUUUGUAAAACAGCUCUUGCUUUGAUGGAAUUAUAUGGCCCUGCACUAGUUACAACUAAAGAUGCUGGAGAUGCAGUUACUUUGCUACAGUCAUUGGCUGGCUCAACUUUUGACAGCAGUCAACUUGCAUUAACAGCCUGCAUGGGCUACCAAAGUGUAAAUGAAAAAAGGUUACAGGAGUUGAGAGAUAAGCAUAGGCCAGCCAUAUUGGCUGCUGUUGAGGAAAGAUCAAAGGGACUUCAAGCUUGGAGGGAUGCUCAGGGCUUGGCAUCUAAGCUGUAUAACUUUAAGCAUGAUCCUAAGUCUGUGCUGAUGGAAAGAAAUAAGACAGAACAAAAUGGGGAGUUAUCCAGCUCAGAGUCUGGAUCAACAAAUGCAGAUGAUGUUCUUAUUAGUUUGACAGGAGAUGCUGAUAUAGAUUCUGUUCCAGAUCUUCAAGAACAGGUCAUGUGGUUGAAGGUUGAAUUAUGCAGGUUGCUGGAGGAAAAAAGAUCUGCUGCCCUCAGAGCUGAAGAGUUGGAGACAGCUUUGAUGGAGAUGGUUAAACAGGAUAAUAGACGACAAUUAAGUGCUAGGGUGGAGCAAUUGGAGCAAGAGGUUGCUGACCUUCGCAAGGCACUUUCUGAGAAGGAAGAACAAGAAAAUGCAAUGCUUCAGGUCCUCAUGAGGGUUGAGCAAGAGCAAAGAGUGACGGAAGAUGCUCGCAGAUUUGCUGAGCAAGAUGCUGCUGCCCAGAGAUAUGCUGCUCAAGUGCUUCAGGAAAAGUAUGAAGAGGCCAUUGUUAAACUUGGUGAGAUGGAGAAAAGACUAGUAAUUGCAGAAUCAACGUUGGAGGCUACUUUACAGUACCAAUCUGUUCAAGCCAAAGCACAACCUUCUGCACGAUCAUCGAACCCAGAUUCACCAGCAAGAAACUUUCAAGAGUCCACACAAGAUGUGCCUGCAAGAAAGAUUAGUUUACUUUCCCGGCCCUUUGGUCUUGGCUGGCGUGACAAAAACAAGUAGGGAAAACCGACUGGAGUUGAUGGACCUAAUGAUGAUGGGAAGCCAUUUAAUUAGGGACAGUGGAGACACCGAUCAGAAAGACUUAAUCGGCCAGGGGAGCCCUUAAACAAUAAACAAAGUCCAGAUACCAUGCAGAAAGGGAUGAAUGGCAAGGGCACGAACCGUAUUGAGGAAUAAUAUAAGCAGUAACAGAAUUGGUGGUUUUCAUCGUAUCACUUCUCAUGCAAAUCCUUUCAUCAUUUCUUAUAUCCAUAGACUCUCACUAGAUAUUCUUUUUCAUUGUCAUUGCCAUUGCCAAUUUAGUUAGUGUAAUUGAGUUUGCCGGUCUGUAAUUUUUGAUCGGUAAACAGAUAUAUAACACAUAUCAAUAUAUUGGUUUGUUCUUUUGUUAGUAAUAAAUAAUAAGUUUAUCA